AUGUACAUCGUCUGCGUUUGUGCCGUGUCGGCUGCCAUUUUAGCCAAGCGGCGCGAAAACUUCGUAUAAUAGUACUGUCGACGCCUUUCUGCUAGAGUUGCUAAUGUUUUCAUAGUCAACACUACGAGUCAAAAGUCAAAAAGCUUAACGAUUUUAAUUAAUUUUUUUUUUAUUUUAAUAUUUAUUAUGAUGUUAAUUUUAUUUUCUUAUUAUUUGAGUUGGGAAUAACUAUAUUAUGCCAAGCCUGGACCAUUCUCAAAAACUAAUGAAGGGUGAAUCGUAGCUUGAGUAAUGUCACAAAAACUGGAGUGCAAAGUUAAAAUGGAAAGUUGUGAUGAUGACAUUGAAGGGAAAGGAGCCCAAGAAUCAAGAGAUGAUGAUAGCUGCCAUGCUGACAGUGGACUGUUGAAUAUGUUAGCAGAAGUUGCUUCAGCUACUCUCCACAAUGAUUCUUUGGCUAGAAAGACUCGCAACCCAAGAGGAAGGCCUCGCAAACAGGUCACUGAAGGAAGACCUGAACCCGAACAAGAGACUACUGAUGCCAAUAAAUUAUCAUUGGCUCAACUUCAGCUCCUAACUGAGAAACAACUGGUGGAUCUCUUUUCUCUGAUGGAUUCAGAUGAAAUACGUAGAACAUUUUCCUACUCAUGCCACCUGCUUCAAAGAUGCCAGUACACAGCCAGCAGUUUUGGGAGUGAGAUGAAAGCUAGACAGGAAAUGCAAAAGCAUCUGUCGGAGCACGUGCGGGAUCUAAUGAGGAAGGCUCGCGAGUCGGCUGGCUUUCGCUUUACUGCCACCCCAGUAGCGUCAAAAACUAAAAAAAUCCCGGCAGUGGUCAAAGAAACAACACGGUUGUCGCCUGUCAGAAAACCUAAAGAGAAAACUAUGAAAAUCAAACUUCAAGCGCCAUCGAAGAAGACGGUCCCUCCACCACCGCAGACUGCAGCCAUGGCUAAAGCAACUAGAGGGCCACUGAAGAAAACAAGCCAGCCAUCACCUCAAGCCAAAUCACCACGCCAAAACAAAGCGAAUAAAGAAGAACCAUCCCCAACCAAGAAAGAAGUUCCAGGUAACAAAAGAAAGCGCCGUUCAGUAGGUGCUUUUGCAGAUGGCGAGGAAGAAAAUAUGAAUGCUUCUCUUAUGGCUGGUAUUGAUGUAGCUCCUGAAGAAGUCACCGUCAAAGAGAAGUGGCUAAAACUUUACCAUGACAAAUACCGAGCCGUAGAUGAAGCUCGUUUUCGUGCUAUUCAGGCUGAUUUAUCUCCGGACAGCGAUGUGGAACAAGAGUAUGGUGAAGUGGCAGAGGAGGUGGUCGUGACUUCAGAAGAGCCAACAGCGGGUUCUUCAAGUAACACGACAUCACUACCCGAUCACGACUACAAUAUUUACCGUGUCAACAAGAAAACUAAAGCGGUUGUAGUUAAUGUCAGUGAAGAAGCGUCAGGCCUUCAAGAUGAACAGAUGGAAGCUGUUGCGCAGUCAGUGGCUGCCGCCGCUCAAGAGAAGGAGAAACUGAAAAGGAAGCGCGGUGGACAAGCGCAGCAAUCUAGUGGUAUCCCUUUGCAUAGCUUUAUGCUUGAAGAAACCACAAAGCAAAGUAAAGUUGUGGUUAAGAAUAAGCCAACAGAGCCACUUCCUUGUGUAGGGAGUGAAGUAGUAGUAGGGUACAACCCCAAUGAAUUCUAUCUGAUGAAGUCUUCUGAGCUACCCGUCAUUGAAGAUUUGAGACAUCAGAAAACUGUAGUGGCUGAAGCCUCUACAGCUGGAGCGCAACCUCAGUUCACCUUCGUCUGUAUGAAUGAGGAUGGGGAAUUGAUUGAAGAAACGGUGGAAGAGCCCAGCAUUUUCUUGGAGGACGAUGAAGAGCAACUUCUGGAGCAGGUCGCCGCACAAGCUUCAGGCGUCCGUGGACAAGUUCGUGAAGUGCCAGAAAAGGAUAUGGUUGACAUUGCGCGCAAGCGGGCCAAAGUUAAGCCCAAAUUCGUAUCACAAUCUGCAGGCGAACGCGAAUUAGCCUUGCAAUACAUUGGAGAACUAAAGCAACAGCGCGGAAGCGGAGCUGAUUCACUUCACUGCAAAAUUUGCUCACCUGUUCGCACAUUUACCGCUCCCACUACUCUGCUAUCGCAUUACCGUAGUCACGCAGGGAUUAAGCCGUACGAAUGCCGAAGGUGUGGUGCCGUCUUCACUCGCCAACAUAGCCUCAACUAUCACAUGUUGAUUCAUGCCAACUUGUCUCGCUUCACUUGUCCCGAUUGUCAUCGCCAGUUUCGUCAUCCAUCGCACUACAAGGAACAUCGUCGGCGGCACACUGGUGAAGCUCCCUACGAGUGCUCUGACUGCAUGCAAAGAUUCCGUACGCGCAAUUCGUACAAACGUCAUUUGAUGACGCGUCAUGGUAAAUUGCUGACUUCCACCGGAGGACUCAUUAUACUACCCGAGGAGGAAUUCAAUAAAGUGCGCUGCAAGCCUCGUCCAGUGCGAUCGAGUCGCGCAGGAGACGCGCCAACUGCAAAUCCCAGCACUUCGGUUGCCUCAACUUCUAAAGAAACUAGCGGAGAAAUCGCAGUAAAAUCCAAACCUGAACCCAAAACAAAAGGAUCAAAAGUUAAGGCCGAUCCUGACGGAACUGGAAACUUUGAACAGCAGCGCCAGGAAGACUUGAUUAGGUUGUUGUACCAGCGCCUAACCAGUCCCAAUGAACACAGCAGUGCCGAGAGCAGUGGCGGUGAAAGUCGAAGUGGUAGCCCUGUUCCGGAUGACGGCUUGGUUGUCACAACUGAAGUUCACGAUGAACAAAUUCAGGUGAUGGAAGUGGAGCAUCACGUCGUGGUAGAAUCCCCGGAAGUAGCAGCUGCAGUUGUUGUUGAAAGUAUUCCGAACUCAGAGGAUCAGGUGGUUGAAGAACAGUGUGAAGUUGUAGCGGAAGAGACAUGGGGCUCCUUUGUCCAUUUGACGGUUGACGGCCAGAAUAACGUAAUUUUUCUCGAUGAGAGCCAAGUUGGAGCCGAAACCGAAGCAGGAGACGGAACUACCACUGUUGUUAUCGAGCAACCUCCGCCGCCGCCGCCGCAACAAGUUAAGAUCGUCAGUCGCCAACGUACUUCCACCGCCGCCAAGCCUAGAGCAACUAAGCGCGCUGCAGCCGUACCAACUGUUAAUACUGGAAGUGUAUCUCCACUCGCCACUUCUUCAACUGGGGAAGUUGAUUUGCUCUCGUUUGUUCAUAACGCCGGUGUUAUGGUUCAGCACAUUCUAGACAUUCAAUCGGAUAGUUCGACUUCGUAAUAAAAAGAAUUGCGAACCAAUCGGACUCCAACCGACAUUCUUUUCUUGUACAUAAUUUCGGUUUUCUUCAGUUUACACUCUCACUUUUUGUGUUCCAGUGGUAACGUCUCCACGGAAAGAACAGUUUUGCAACGAUCAUCAUCCGUAUCUAGAAAUUUUUUCGUACCUAGAUAUUUUUGUUUUGUAAUAGCUUUCUUUCUUCAGUAAUCAGUUAGAAUAUUUCUUUUUCUGUUCAGUUUUGUCACAGGCAAUACACAAAUAUAUUUCACCUA